UUUGAAGCCGGAUUCCGGGGUACUGACCUAGCUCGAAUUUAAGCUCUGUUCUCUCAGUGUUGUUGUACCGUCUUGUAUUUUCUGACCAACUGCCUGGUGCUGUGCCUUUGAGGAAAUUGCCGUCUGUGUGCGGUGACUCACCUGCCCAUCGGGGCAGCUGCCGCUGGGCCUUUCGCCUUGUGUUAGACCCUCCCCCGCCUCCCACCAUCUCGGUUGGCCUCGGAAAGAAAAUACCUGCUGCGAGCAUAAAUAUUGCAUGGCUCCCCUCGUGCCCACCCUUCCUCCGUCUGGGGAAACCAAGCCGAGGCUCGCUCAGUGUCAAAGAUAUCCCCGCGGGUAUUGCGGCCCCGAAGCUGGGAGGCGAGCGGGAGAGGCUGCCCCUGCCUGUGCCUCCCUCUCCGGCGGGCGGCGACGGCAGGGGGCUGCCUUCCCAUUUGCUCGCUGGGUGCCAGGCAGCGGCCAGCAAAGUAGCGCUCCCGACUUGGUGCUGCGUCUCCCUUCAGCUUCCGCUCGGAUCCGGGAGGGUGCGAUGGCUCGGUCAGAGGGACCCCUCGGCUGCUGCGAGUCCCAUGUGACAGAAGGAGAGAGAGAGAGACAGAGAGACAGAGAGAAGAAUCGCCUCAGCCGCCACAGCAACCGCGUUUGGGUUUAGUCUUUGGCGCCUCGUUUCUUCCCCGCUCCUUUGGGCGCCUUUCCGGGCCACUGGCAGCGGGAGUUCGAGCGAACUGCGGCUUCACGGAGCAGGCAGAGAAAGCGCCGCCGCCGCCACCUGCCUCCGCGCCAUCCAUGGAGACCGCCGCGCUUCAGGCGGCCGAUUGCAAUCCCCCCGGCGGGCGAAGGAUGAAAGCUCGUGCCCCUCCUCCACCAAACCAUCCUCCCAAUACGUGUAAAGUUAAUAAUGAACACAAAUUAACGACAGACAUGGGGAUGCUGGCUGAUCAAGGUGUGAUAAAUAUGAGGGAAAAUCUGAUUAACAGGACAGUGGAAUUCACCGUGGUUUUUCCCAAUGGAGAAGAACAGAAAGAUACUGUGCAUGGGAGUAAAGCUGUGAUGGACUUGUUAGUUGACCUCUGCAGCCGUCAUCACUUAAAUCCAGCCCACCACACACUUGACCUGCUGUCCUGGGAGACCCAACAGCCUUUGAGUUAUAAGCCAAAUACUUUGAUAGGGGUACUGGAUGUACAAAAGAUACAUCUGAAGGAGAAGGUUCCUGAAGGAAAAACCAAGCGCCCACCACCAAAGAUUCCAGAGAAAACUGUGAGGCUGGUCGUAAAUUACUUAAAGACACAAAAGACAGUGGUUCGAGUGAGUCCUGAGGUGCCCCUCCAAAGUAUAAUUCCAGCCAUUUGUGAAAAAUGUGAGGUCAAUCAGGAAUAUCUUGUCCUCUUGAGAGAUACAUUUACUGGGGAGGAGCUGGAACUUACGAAGUCAUUGAAUGAACUGGGGAUAAAGGAGCUCUACGCAUGGGACAGGAAAAGAGUUCUUCCAUCAAAAGCUCAGUCUGAACCUUCUCUGAACUACAGAGAAACAAGAAAUUCUUCAACUAUCCACGACACAACAGAAAAAGAAAAAAAACGAUUUCUGGGAUUUUUCAAGACUAGUAAACGAAACAGUAGGACAGAAGAGAACUUGACAACAAGGAUGGAUGGGGAUUGUGGCAGUGAAGGGCAUUCAAAAGCUGCAUCAGCAAGUGAACAGAGUCUUGAAGGAGUUACAAGAGCCCCCCAUUCUACAUCAGUGAAUUCAUGUUCUAUUACAUUGGGCCCAUCGCUGUCCCUUGGGAACAUCUCAGGAAUGACUGGAAGCAUGGAAACAAAAAAGCGGAGAGCACCUCCUCCACCCACAGUGGUUCCUCAGUUGCUGAGUGAGGAGAAAAAUGGACAAGAAAAAGUGCCGAACCAGAUGUCUCAAGAUUCAUCACAGAAUGAUUUACAAAAGAAAAAAAGACGUGCCCCACCUCCACCAAUUCCUAUAACGCCAGAGAGAACAGAAGAAAUAGAAGAUAAGAGGAAAAGCACAGUUGGUAAUGGACGACAUGUGCCACAAAAGCCUCCUAGAGGCAAUACACGUGGUCCACCCCAAUUAAUGAUACCCCCACCCCCACCAUACCCUCCUCCUGACAGAGAUGCUAUGGACCCAACUGUACAGUACAGUGAAAGAGAUGUUACAGACCCAACCAAGCUGGUACCUAAACGCAAUUUACAGCUUUCACCUGAUAUUUACAGCACGGACGAUGUAGUUCUGGAGCUAUCAGAGAUAGAGGAGACCACCUCUCUUAGCAGCUGCCUUGCCUCAGAGGACACCACAGAAGAUUCAGGUGUAAUGAGUUCCCUCUCUGAUGUUGUAUCAUUGAAUUCUCAAAACGACAGCAUGAGGUCCAGAGACAAGUCCCUCGGUGCCCAGGAGACCUCACCUGAAAUGGAUUCCAUGUUUGCUAUAGAGGCUUGCUCUGGUAGAAAUACUUCUUUCAAUAGUGAUGAUGCUGGGAACAUCCUCCAAAGAAGCAGUAAUGAUGAACAAAUAAUGCAAACUAAGUUUGAGGAUGCAGAUAUGUUCAUUGAUGCUCGGUUGCAAGAGACCCUGGCUGCACUGGACAAAGAUCUAGCAGCAAUGGAAGGCAUACAUGACAAUUCCGAAAGUGGAUCUCUCUCUAGUGAAAUGAAUGAAGCAUUCAGUCCUCUUCCUCAGAAUGCUGAAGCUGACUUAGCUGGUUCACUCCCUGUGCCAGUGACAAUCAUAGAUGAAGUUCUAGAAGGUGAUCUCACAAUAUCCUGCAACAGAGAAGGGGAGAGUUUGUUGUCCAGGAUAGAGGCUAAUGAAGAUAUUUCAGUUCAGUCCAAUAGCCUAGGGGAGCUGCACAACAAAAACAAUAAUAUAGCUGAUGAAUUGUCCUGUUUAUCCAAGAACUUGUCACAGCAGCAGAUACCUUAUGAAGACCUUAGGCAUCAAGUUGAAGAACAGCAAAAAAAUGAAUCUGAGACUCAUGUAUCCAUGUGUGAAAAAAAUAACAAGCAGGAUGCAGUUCUAGAAAUAAUUUCCAAAAAUGAGGAAAUAAUUUCUGAAAAUGAUUCUCAAGAAUCUAAAACAAAGAUGAUUACAUCUGACAUCAAUUUUACGUGUGAAAUAGACAGAAGAGAAGAGAAAGUAAAGCAAAUGAACGUGGAGAAUACCAAAGAUGAACUUCUAAGACAAAUUAAAACAGAAUUGGAAUUCAGGAAUGCAUCAGCCAAAAGUCCCGAAGAGAAGGAAGGAUCCCUGUCAGCAUCUCUGUGGUGUCAUCGUAUUCACAAUGGAAUUACAAAUUAUGAAAAUAAACUUGGCCUGAGAACUUUUAAAGUUGUUCCUCACAAACCUGAGGUGAAAUAUUUUGAAAGGGAUGCAUCCCUCUCUACUGGUGCCAUUAAAAUAGAUGAGCUAGGCAACCUGGUGACUCCGAAUGCUGGUGGUAUUAGAAACAUCAUUGUAAAUAGCACAACCUCAGAUGAAACAGAGGAAACUCUGAUUGAAAGAGCCAAAGCAUACUGGAGGUCAAAUUCUAUGGAAAAGCAAUUGGAGGAACCCCCAAUAAGCCAUCCCACUAAAACAGUGGUCAGCACCCAUUCCAAAAACCUCACUAAAAUAUCCCAAACAAAGCCUGAAAGCCUUACAAGCAUGAAAGCAUUGUCACCACUAGCUGCUUCUGGUGGAACUGAAAAUAAAACUGUGUUUCAAAAAAGAAAGCCAGCUAUUCAAGUCACACAGUCUUCAGUGAGAACAUUUACAGCUCCAGUGGUCAACACAGAUAAGAUGGAGUUCUCGUUUCAGAAACCUCGAAGGAGAACAUCAAGCUACUAUGUAGCCUCUGCCAUUGCAAAAUCCAUUGCUAUAUCCCAGGUUAAGACAAACCAAGAAAGAUGUGACAAAGAAGAGAAUAAUAAUGAAAAAGGAGUAAAAACUGAAACAGAUCCACUUUCCAAAGGAAGUAUUGUCAUGACCAGGACUGGCCCUGUAGAAACACAGCCAAAAAAAAUAGAAGAGUCUUCUAGUUUUCUCAGCUGCAGUAAAAACACAUCAAAUAUAUUACCACUUGGUGCUCAUUUCAGAAAUAACACUGCCAACAUCAAAUCACCAGAUCAAACCGAACCUACUAAUUGCUACCGUGAGCCACAUCAUGGAACAUCUUCUAAAGACAGUGUCAUUGCAGAAGGGGAGCACUAUUGUAGUUCAAAACAAAAUGUAAUUGUAAGAGAGAUACCUUUUUUACCUAAUCAAAAGAAGGAGCAGAUUGAUCCUUUUAGCUCUCCUUUUUUUCUUAAAUCAUCUAAUGUUCACUCAUCUUCCAUCAGUUUUAGUUCCUCUGUAAAAUCAACUGGAGAGUAUUCUUUUAAUAGGAGAACAUCAGCUGGUACACUUACAGUUAAUCACAUGUCUUCAAAAAAAGAUGAGAAACAUGAUGAUACACCUGCAAAGAAUGAACCAGAAUCUAAUAUCAAAGACAAUAGUAUUUACAAUGUUUUUGGGCCCAAAAAAAAGUUUAAACCAGUCAUCCAGAAGCCCCUUCCAAAAGAUUCAUCACUCCAUAGUGCAUUAAUGGCAGCGAUUCAGUCUGCAGGAGGAAGAGAAAAACUUCAAAAGAUUUCACCCAGUACAGGAAAUGAAACUCAGAAGAAGCCAUUGUUAACAGAACCAGAGAAUGAACGCUCUGCACUUCUGGCGGCUAUUAGAGGUCACAGUGGAACCUCAAAGUUGAGAAAGGUCUCCUCUUCUGCUUCUGAAGAGUUGCAGAGGUUUCGAAGUGCAGAAGCAGCCUUGCAAAACAGACAGGCCUCUGCAACGGACCUGGAUUAUAAUCAACCACCACCUCCUCCACCACCACCUCCUCCACCCUCACCUCCUUCUCAGCUGACAUGGAAAGCUCCCAAAUUCUUUGCAAAUAAAAUAAGAGACAGCCCAGGGGAUACAAGGCAGGCCCUAAUGGAAGAGAUCCGCUCAGGCACUGGGGCUGCACGUUUAAAAAAGGUUCCUCUGCUUGUUUGAAUAGCAGCUGCAAGCGCUCAAUACCCAUUUCUUAUUUUUGUACGCUUUCUCAUUGAUUGGAAUGGACACUCAUGGCAAAACAACUCCUAGAAAUAUAUACCUUUUGCUUAGAGGCCAAAAUAAGUAAUAUUUGUGAGCAUUUCUCAUUCUUAAUUGAUUCACAGAUUGCUACAUGGCUUCUGUGCCAAGGAUUUGGGAGUUCUCUGCCUCCAAAUAAAUAAAACUGUGCCAAUAAAAUGAUCCUAAUUA